AUGGACAUUGGUAGUGACGUUUGGAAUCAGGUAGCCUUAGAGGCUAAUCAACUUUAUUUAGAAGAUGGUCAAGCUAAAAGUAAAUUUGCUGAUACUACGAUAGAAAAACUUCCGGAUAAAAUUUUAUUAAACAUAUUUUCAUAUUUAUCUCAUCGUGAAAUAUGUCAAAUGGCAAGAGUUUGUAAAAAAUGGAGAGUCAUUGCAUAUGAUACAAAACUUUGGAAAUAUGUUUCAUUAAGGCCUGAAAUAUCAGGAUUACACGUCAGCACUUUGGAAUCAUUGCUGGCGUUAAUUAGCAUAAGAUUUGGUCCUUCUCUUAAAUACAUAGAACUUCCCAUUGAGCUCAUAACGCAUACUGUCUUGCACGAGUUGGCAAGUAAAUGUCCAAAUUUGACACACAUGCUGUUGGAUUUUUCCACAGCCAUGCAACUUCAUGAUUUUUCCGAAAUGCAAGCAUUUCCGACAAAAUUAAAAUACAUGUGCAUUUGCUUGAGUGAAGUUAUUUUCAUGGAAGGAUUCAUGAGAAAAAUAUAUAAUUUUAUCAACGGUCUUGAAAUAUUACAUCUCAUAGGAACUUAUGAAAAGGUCGAAGAAGAAGAAGAAGAGAUUUAUGAAGUGAUUAACGUUCAUAAACUUAAAUCGGCAACACCAAAUUUGAGAGUUAUUAAUUUAUACGGAAUUAAUUUUAUUGAUGAUUCUCACGUGGAUGCUUUUAGUUCCAAUUGCAUUCAACUCGAAUGUUUGGCCGUUAAUUUUUGUGCAAAAGUUACCGGAGCGAGUUUAAAAUCUGUUUUUCAACGUAGCAAAAGAUUAACUUGUUUAUUAAUGAAUCAAACGAAUUUGCAAAGCGAACAUUUGAUGAAAGUGGAUUGGGAAUCCACCGCCUUGCAAGAAUUGGACAUAUCAGCCACGGAUUUAUCAUCCGAAUGUUUAAUCGAUUUACUCACACGAAUACCCAAUUUAAGAUUUUUAGCCGCUGGUCAAAUAAACGGAUUUAACGACAGUGUCAUUAAAGCUUAUUUGGAACAUGGAACUGCAAAAAAUUUAAUUGCACUCGAUUUGGAUAGUUUAGAUAAUAUAUCGGAUGAGGCUUUAUAUAAAUUUUUGUCACGACAUGGUCAUCAACUUCACGGUUUAGCUCUUAGUGGUAUGCCACAUAUCACGGAUUCAUUGUGGCAAAGCGUUCUUCCUAUUUUUCAAAAUGCAAGAAUCCUGCAAAAGAAAAUUAGUCAAAUAAAAACGUUAUUGGAAUUAUCUAAAAAUCAUUUUACAAAAUUGACAUUUGAAGCAUCUGUCACGACAGGAUUGGAACAAACGGCUUUGGAUGAAUUAUUUGAAAAAUUUGGUAAAAAUAUAAAAGCGUGUUUUAGUCGUGGACGUGUUUUUUUCAAUACUAAAUUUGACAAGUAUCAGAGUUAUAAAUUACUUAGAAGUGUUGAUCGUGUUAACGUAUUAGCCGGUUUUACAACGGUUUCACUGAAUAAUGAUUUACAAUUAAAAUCUAAAGAUUUAGACGAGAUUAAAAACACGGUUAAAGUUUUCGAUUGGGAAAAAGUUAUUGCGAUAUGGCAAGAAAUCGAGGGUUUCGAUGGUAAUUUGUAUCCUACGAGAAAACAAUACGAACGUGCAAGUUCUAAUAACUUUUCUAUCACCGAAGAUCAAGCAUCUGAAAAAUCUGAUGAUUCUGAAAACGAUGAGGUUGAAUUUAAAUGUGAAAAAGUUUUUUUUGAAAAAACACAAUUAGAAAAAGCUUUGGAUUCAGUUCUUACUCUUUCAGAUGAUGAAAAUAAUAUAACAGUUAAUAAUAAUGAUAAUAAAAUACCAAGAUUUAGGGUGACUUGUAAUAGAGUCGGUGAAAAGCAUACAUUUUCUAGUCAAGAAGCUGCGACUGCUUUCGGUGGUCUUUUACAAGAUAAAUUUAAUUGGAUUGUAGAUUUAAGUCAUUACGAUAUUGAGAUUAUUUUAGAAGUUAAUAAUGAGGAUGUUUAUGCUGGUGUAGCAUUAAAUAAAAAAUCAAAUCAUUUUCGUAACAUAACUUUUUUCGGCUUGACAACUUUAAGAGCUACAAUUUGUUACAAUUUAUUAAGACUUUGUAAUGUAAAACCUGGUGACAUAGUUGUCGAUCCAAUGUGCGGUUGUGGUGCUAUACCUAUCGAAGGAACUUUAUCUUUUCCUAAUGCAUACUUUUUAGGAGGAGAUAUACAUGACAAAGCAGCAGUAAAGACAAGAUGUAAUAUAAAUGCAUUAGAAAAAAAUUUAAAAAUUGAUAAUUUAAAGUGGGAUUCUACUCGUUUACCUUUAAGAACGAAUUCGAUUGAUGUUUUUGUAAGCGAUUUUCCAUUUGGUAAAAGAUGUGGUACCAAAGCAAAUAAUAAAGCAUUAUUUAAAAAUGCAUUAAAUGAUUUGGCAAGAGUUUUAAAAAAAAAAAGUGGUAGAUGUGUUAUAUUAACAGCUGAUAAAACAAGUUUCAAUGUCGCUUAUCAACUUACUAAAACAUUUUGGAAGCUUAGGAAAAAUUUUAUCAUUAAUAUCGGCGGGAUAAGGUCCAGUUGUUUUGUAUUAGAAAGAACAGAAGAAGAAUUUCAACUGAAAUUGGGUGUUAAUAUUCAUGUCGAUCAAUUAAUGGAUGGAAUAGCAAACAGUUGCUUACAUUUAGAAAGGUUGGAAUUGAGAUGGGAUCCUGAAAAUUUAAGAUUUUCAGACAAAAGUCAAAAAGCUAUCGAUAUUAUUAGAGUUAAAUGUCUUAAAUUAAGCAGUUUAGUGCUGAGUGAUGGACGAUAUUAUGAAGUUGUUAAAGCAAAUUUCGAAAGAGCCGAUAGAAAUACUGUUGUUCGUACAACAACAUCAUGCAGAAAUUCUUUAUACUACCUAUUGAAAAAUUACAAAGAUUUGAUUUUUAAUUAA